AUGACUCGGGCAUCAACUCUUGAUUUUCGGCGGAAGACACAGGGUCAGAACAACUGGUCUGGGCCGUUGCGCCCAGUAAAUGCCAUCAAAAAUAAAUUCCCUACCUAUAAGAAUGCAGAUCUGCUUGAUCGGCGUCAGCGUCUUUCAGUCCACGAGCUCGCAAUGAAAUUUGAGAAGGGCCUCAAUACUGCCACAUUAUUAUCUAACGAGGUUAAAUGUAAACAAGUGGCUUUAUUAGAGCGAGACAUCCUUCUGAAGAAUCUAAAGAGUGUAUUGGAGUCACUGAGAGGUCAAGUAGCUGGCAAAUAUAAGGAUGAAAUUGGGGAAUCGGUAUCUAUGGUGGAUAUUUUAGCAGUUCAGCUGUCCAAAACAGAAAAUGAGUUGCUUCAGCAGAAAACCGAGGUCACGAGAAUAGCGACUUCACUAAAACUGGCUUCUGAAGAUGCUAGGAGAAUUGUUGACGAAGAACGAACUAAUGCACGCAUGGAGAUUGAAAAUGCUAGAGCUGCUGUACAAAGAGUUCAAAAAGUACUUAAAGAGAAAGAGAACAAUUCACAAAGAAUUAGAAAGGAGGUAAAUUGUAUAUAA